AUGUUCGCCCGCAGUGCUCUGAGGCUCAGCCAGCGCGCUGCUCGACCAGCAUCCUUCGCACCGCUCGCCGCCCGUGCCACCUUCACAUCAUCCGCAAGGACAUACGACCCAGAAGUGCCUGUCGUCAGCUACCGAAGUGGCGAGCGAAGUGAGGAGCAACUUCGUUUCGAGGCUGCUAAGAAAGCCGGCCCUGUUUCUCCUCCUGGCGCCGACGUCGAGAAGCAUGCUAUCCCACUCAAGCCUGAGAUCCACUCGAAGCUCACACCGACACUGCAAAACUUUACCCUCCCAGGAAAGGUAGCUGUGGUCACAGGCGGAGGCCGUGGUCUUGGUUUCAACAUGGCACAGGCGCUUGCAGAAGUGGGCGUUCGUGGCAUUGCAAUCAUGGAUGUGCAGCAAGAGCUAGGAGAUAAAGCAGCUCGCGAGCUUGGUGAGCAGACCGGCAUCGACGUGCGCUUCUACCGGAUCGAUGUGCGAGACGGUCAGGCUAUGGGCCAAGUGAUUCAGGAUGUCGUCGAUCACUUUGGCCGCCUAGACGUCCUCAUCAACGCGGCCGGCAUUGCCGACUCAAACAUCAAAGCCGAGACAUACGACCAUGACAAGUUCCGCCGACUAUUGGACAUCAACAUCACCGGCACAUUCAUCGUAGCACAAGCAGUGGCACAGCAAAUGAUGGCUCUCGGCAACGGCGGCAGCAUCAUCAACAUCGCCUCCAUGUCCGGCACCGUGGUAAACUAUCCACAGGAGCAAUCGUGCUACAACGCCAGCAAGGCCGCUGUGGUCCAGCUCACCAAGUCCCUCGCCACCGAAUGGGCACGAUACGGCAUCAGAGUCAACUCCAUCAGCCCAGGUUACAUGGACACAGCUCUCAACCGCGUUCCAGCGCUCGAAGCACAGAAGAAGAUCUGGGUCGACCACACACCACAGAAGCGUCUGGGUGCCGUUGACGACCUCAACAACUUGGCAGUCUACUUGGCAAGCGACGGCUCGGCUUUCAUGACUGGCAACGACUGCCUUAUCGACGGCGGCUACACUCUGUGGUAG